AUGGAUCAACCAUCACGAACCUCCUCCUACACACUACCACCGGGCUCCUCCUCCGACUCGGACGACGCAGCGGCAGGACGUCAGUACGCCCCCGUCACAACCACCGCAAACACCCAUUCGUCAUCACAUAACCGACGCUCCUCCGUCACGAGCGUCCUCCACCCCGUGGCGACCAAGGAGCGCCUGGACCCGGAGCUCGACGUCAACCUCCCCUACCGCACCCUCUCUCCAAAUGCCAACCUCGACGAAUACCGCGUCGAAGCCCGCGAUGGUGAGAUCCCCGCGACGGCCACAUCGGCCACCGGCCCGGACGCCCCAGCCGGCAACUACAAGCUUGUUACCUUCGUCCCCAACGACCCCGAAAACCCCAAAAACUGGUCCAAAGCCUACAAGUGGUACUGCACAAUGGUCGUCGCCAUGACGUGCUUCGUCGUUGCCUUCUGCUCUUCCGUCAUCACCGCCGACGUCGCCGGCGUCGCCGAGGAGUUCCACGUCUCCGAGGAGGCCGCUCUCGUCUCCAUCUCCGUCUUUGUCAUCGGCUUCGGCGUCGGGCCCAUGGCCUUUGCGCCCCUGUCGGAGAUCUACGGCCGCCAGAUCAUCUACGCCUCGACCUUGCUGCUGGCCGUCAUCUUCAUCAUCCCCUGCGCCGUCGCCAAGAACCUCGGGACCCUCCUCGUCUGCCGCGCCAUCGACGGCAUCGCCUUCUCCGCGCCCAUGACCCUCGUCGGCGGAACCCUCGCCGACCUCUGGCGCAACGAGGAGCGCGGCGUCCCCAUGGCGGCCUUCUCCGCCGCCCCCUUCAUCGGUCCCGCCAUCGGUCCCCUCGUGGGUGGCUUUCUCUCCGACGCGGCCGGCUGGCGCUGGUUGUACUGGAUCCAACUGAUCCUCGCCUUUAUCGUCUGGGUCCUCAUCUCCUUCACCGUUCCCGAGACCUACGCGCCCACGAUCCUCGCCCGCCGCGCCAAGAAGAUGCGCAAGGACACGGGCGACGCGUCCCACGUCACCGAGCAGGACAUUGACAUGCGGCCCCUGAGUGAGCGCCUCGGAAUCUUCCUCAUCCGCCCCUUCCAGCUCCUCUUCCGCGAGCUCAUCGUCUUCCUCAUCUCCAUCUACAUGUCCGUCCUCUACGGCCUGCUGUACAUGUUCUUCGUCGCCUUCCCCAUCAUCUACCAGAAGCGCAAGGGCUACUCGGCAUCCUCGACCGGUCUCAUGUUCAUCCCUCUCGCCGUCGGCGUCCUCUGCUCAGCCGCCUGCUCCCCAUGGGUGAACAAGCACUACCUCAAGAUGGUCGCGAAGCACAACGGCCACCCACCCGCCGAGACCCGCCUGAUUCCCAUGAUGCUGAGCUGCUGGUUCAUCCCCAUCGGCCUCUUCAUCUUCGCCUGGACCUCGUACCCUCGCCUGCACUGGGCCGGUCCCGCCCUCGGCGGUUUCCCCGUCGGCUUCGGCUUCAUCUUUCUGUACAACUCGGCCAAUAACUACCUCGUCGACUCGUACCAGCACCAGGCCGCCUCCGCACUCGCGGCCAAGACUUGCAUCCGUUCCUUCUGGGGAGCGGGCGUCGUCCUCUUUACUGAGCAAAUGUACGACCGCCUCGGCGAUCAGUGGGCCUCGUCCCUCCUCGGCUUCCUCGGCCUCGCGUGCUGCGCUAUCCCGUUCCUCUUCUGGGUCUACGGAGCCAGGAUCCGUGCGAGAAGCAAGUACGCCUACUCCGCUGAUGACGAGACCGCGUCCGGAUCCGACAUCGAGAAGGCCAAGCCGGAGAAGAACGCUCAGGAUCCCACCCGUACCUUUGAGCCUGCGUAA